AUGUAUCGUCUUAGCCGAAGUUUCAAGAAGUGUGGCAAACCUCUAAAGAUGCAGCGCGCAUUUAUGCAAGAAGGCACUGAAGGUGCUACAACGAGAACAAAAGAUUGGGGUGAUAAGGAAAGAGCAGCUGAAAACGUUUGGGCAAAGCAUGCUGAUUCUGAAAAGCUCAAAGCUCUCCGAAAUCUCCUUGAGGAACAAAAGAAGACCACGGAUGCUAUCAAACAGGAGCUGGAUAAAAUUACCGAAAAGACAUCAAAAUAA